AUCUGAGCUCCACAUUUUCCCCCAAAGCAGACUGAACUGCUGAGCGCAUUGGACUCAUCCGGACCAGACAAGGGUCUUUAACGAUGAUGGAGCAAACUUCUUACUAUUACAGCAAUAUCACUGAUCUAAUCAACAAUGACUCCUUCUAUGAGGAUGACGACGACUACUACAGGGAUGAUCACGACCAUGGCAACAAAGAUGAGCACUCUGAGCUGAGGCAGUCCCUCACCAUAAUGUCCCUCAUCGUCUACUCGCUCGCCUUUGUCUUGGGGGUUCUUGGGAAUGGAGUGGUUAUCUGGGUGACUGGCUUCAAAAUGAAAAAAACGGUCAACACGAUUUGGUUCCUCAACUUGGCCAUUGCUGACUUCCUCUUCACUGCCUUCUUACCACUCAGUGUGACAUAUACAGCUAUGGGCUUCCACUGGCCAUUUGGCAAGUUUAUGUGCAAGUUGAACACUACCAUCAGUUUCCUGAACAUGUUUGCCAGCGUCUACAUUCUGGUGGUGAUCAGUGUGGACAGAUGCGUGUCUGUUGUCUGGCCUGUCUGGGCGCAGAAUCACAGGAAUUUGCGUAAGGCGUCGUGCAUCAGUCUGUGUGUUUGGGCGUUGGCGUUGAUCCUCAGUGCUCCGUACUUUGUCUUCAGGGAUACCGGGCCGUCAUAUGAGAAUGAGAACAUUAUCAACUGCUUCAACAAUUUUGCUAUGUCUGAGGACAGUGAAAAUCAAUCUGUCCUUGAGCUGCAGCUUUUCCGCCACAAGGCCAUGGUCAUCACCCGCUUCCUCCUGGGCUUCGUCAUCCCCUUCAGCAUCAUCGUCUCCUGCUAUGCCGUCAUAAUACACCGCCUUAGACGAAACCGCACACUGGCCAACCAAUCUAGUCGCUCUUUCAAGAUAAUUGCCGCCAUUAUUGUCACAUUUUUCCUUUGCUGGGCUCCCUUUCACGUCAUGGGUCUGCUGGAGAUGGUAAGCAACAUGGGAAAUCACUCAAAUGAGAUGCUGCUCCACAUCAUCGUAAUCGGAGUCCCGAUCGCCACAAGCCUGGCCUUUCUGAAUAGCUGCCUGAACCCGCUGCUGUACGUGUUCAUGGGCCAGGACUUUAAGGAUAAAGUUCGCAAAUCCAUCCUAAAGGUCCUGGAGAAUGCCUUCCAGGAGGAGGUGUCCCGCUCUUACACCUACACAAACUCAAUGGUCACCAUUCGAAGCAAAGACAAAUCACUCUCUGAUGCCGAGGUGUGAGACUGUCGUGGACACUUUAGCUGUACAAUGUAAAUGCUACUGUAAAUAUAAAAUCAUUUUUAUCUACUAAUCACGUAUUCUAGUUUGCUUUGAAUGCUUAGUUUUGCCUCAAAAUAUAAUCUACAAUCACUGUUUAGUUUUGAUUUUGAGCUACAAAACAUGAAAUCCAAGUAUAUUGGCCAAAUAAUGCAACUAUUUGCCAGGUCAAAGAGAAACUGGGUUGCAGCAAGUUUUUUUUUACCAGCUUCCUCUUCUUUUUCAACUUGGAAACCAGAAACUUUUAACUUGACACAUGAUACUGUCCACAGUGGUCAUCUGUGGGUUUACACCGCCUGUGAACUGGAACAGAGUGUGCAGUUUCAUUAUGUCUUUAUCACAACUUAAGUAAGGAACAAAUAGUUUCAUCUGACAGCUGCUGUCAUUCAUAUUUCUCACUUAUCAUAAUACCUUAUUAGGCACUGAUUGCUGUCUGCUGCAUGCUUCCAUAAAUAUUUCAUUGCCUUUUCUAUAAAACUUGAAAGGAAUACGAUGUUGAUAAAUGAUGCUCACAAUUGCAGCUGCAUUGUAAUGUUUUCCCCCCCCCCCCAAUCUCUAUGCAUUUUAUCCUAAAGACUAUAAACUACUAACUGAAGGUGGAGGAGCUGGAAAAGGCAUAAAAAUGUCUGGAUUGUAUUCAACUUAUAACAUGUGCCUUUUUUUUCUACAUUGGUUAUGUGAUUAUGUUACGGUAUGUAAAAUAUUAAACACCAACAUUGUGACCUUUGGA